UCCUCAUCCCCAUACUCUCUCUCUCUAGACUUUUAGAGAGAGAACACAACUCAUCAGCAGUCACAGAGGAAUUUCCAUGCUCCACAAAGCUGAAACACCCAGAAAGACAGACCCACUUAGCCCACUACACCAUAUCAUCGUGAGGCUUUUGUAUAUUUUCAGAUCAUAUGAUCAUGGAGGAGUCAGAUCAUCCUAAUGGGAUCCGCAGACCUAAUUUUCCUCUGCAGCUGUUGGAGAAGAAAAAUGGUGAACAGCGACACGAGGAGGAGGAGGAUUCGGCUGUGGCAAAAGCUUGCUUCGCCGACCCGACCCGACCCGAAAAUAACCUCCAGCUCGCCGAUAAUUCCAAGAAGGCGCCUCCGAAGCGCACAUCCACCAAGGACAGGCACACGAAGGUGGAAGGUCGGGGCCGUCGGAUCCGCAUGCCGGCGGCUUGCGCUGCCAGAGUGUUUCAGCUGACCAGGGAGCUCGGCCAUAAGUCCGACGGCGAGACCAUCGAGUGGCUGCUCCAACAGGCAGAACCCGCCGUGAUCGCCGCUACGGGGACUGGGACCAUUCCUGCCAAUUUUACUUCCCUCAACAUCUCGCUCCGCAGCUCCGGCUCGACGGUGUCAGCGCCGUCACAGUACUUCAGGGGUAAUAAUUAUAGUAAUUACUUCAGUCCCAGCUUGUUUUCUUCAUCGUUGCAGUUGAGAAACGCGGUCAUGGAUGAUCCCAGAAGGAUCUUGUUUCCCGGGGGCGCCGUCGGGUUUUCUUCUUCGUCUUCUUCUUCCGAGAAUUCUUCAAUGAAUAAUUUCAGUUCUGCGAGUAAUGUGAAUGCCAUUCUACAACUAUCAAAGCAAGAGCUUAGGGAAGAAACUGGCGGCGGCGGCGGCGGCCUUGAAUCCACGCCAACAGAAACCGAAGGAAGCUUGCCAAAAAAGAGGAGGUCACCGGAACAGGAACUAUCACAGAGUCAGAUAGGCAGUUAUUUGUUACAGUCCAGCACCGGUUCAAUUCCGGCGAGUCAUUCAUCAGUUCCGGCGACGUUUUGGAUGGUAAGUAGCCCCGCCGGAAACAACCAAUCCAUGGGCAGCAGUGGCAGUAACAGCGGAAGCAGUAGUGGUGACCCUGUAUGGGCAAUUCCCUCCGGCGGUAAUUACAGUAAUAUGUAUAGAGGAGCCAUGCCCGGCAGCGGAAUUCAUUUUAUGAAUUUUGCUUCUCCAAUGGCUCUGAUGGGUGGACAGCAAUUAGGCGGUACAGUGAUGAAUGAAAGCAACUUAGGCAUGCUUGCAGCCCUAAAUGCAUACAGACAGAUUCCGUCCAGUGGCGUUCCGGAAUCUCCCGCGAUCACCGGACACGGAGGAGGUGAGCAUUCCUGAGGAAUAACAAUGAGGAUCAAAUAGUAACACACUAAUGUGUAUGAACUAAUACAUGUGCUAUUGAAUCUUCUACUACUUUUCACAGCUAGUCUUCUACUAUAUAUAUCGGUUUCCGAGUCUAUAUAUAUAAUUAAAUUUCUAUCA